AUGCAGACAGUGUGUGGAUACAACGACCUCAGCGCCCAGCAGCGCGUGCUCGUGGCCGAUGGCUCGUGCGGCGCGUCGGCGACCUGCCUUCUCGACCGGGACUGCGCGGUCGCCAUGGUCAUGCCAGUCAACGCAACGCGGUUUGACCUCGAGAGCACUUGGCUGCUCGGCGACCUCUCGCGGUACCCGCACGACACGCUAGAACUCGCGCAGGUGCAGAGCGCCACGAGUCUGCAUGCGUAUCUGCAGUUUCCCGUGGUUCUGCGCGCCUUAGUGUUUGAGCAGGCAACGAUUGACGCCGAGUCGGACGAACACUUCGGACCAUCGGUCAGCGCGCUGGAACGACUGCAGCUGCCGCGCGCCCUCGAGAGCUUGACACUGCGUAACUGCUUGGUACAAGGCACGAUGGGGUUUUAUGGACUGGAGCACCUUCGGCGACUCGAGCUCCGGAACUCGCGCUUUAGCGAUUUUUGGCUGAGCGGCGUCGACAACAGCCUGCAGCAUUUGGAGCUCGUAGGCGUGCACACGCCAAUCUUGCGCCUCGAAGAGUCGUCCGAGCUGCGCUACUUUGUCUGUGACGACUGCGACGUACCAAGUGUCAUGGUCGACAAUUCCACGUACGCAGCGCUCGCAGCUCUUUCCCCGGCCUUGCCCAAUGCCACCGAAGGCUACCGCGUCAACCGUAUUCAGCACGACGAAGCGCAGUGCAUGGCUGCACGUGGCCAAAUCAAACGGCUGUGGGAAACCACCUCAGUCUGCAUCCCAGAUCGCAACCGGCCGCCGAUUGAUACCAACUUUGGUUCGUCGUGGAUGUACCCCUAUACCACGUACAUCUACCUCGGAGGCGCCGCUGUCCUUGGAGUCAUCGUCCUCUUCUCUGUCUACGCGAUUCGACGCGGUAGCCGCGCCGUCAAGAUCCGUCGAUCGGCCGACGACGACUACCUCGCGUCGACGCUGCGACCAAACGAGAUGGCAACGCUCCAAAUGCUCCAGAUUGACGCCGACGCCAUC